AUGUCAUUGGGACAUGCGGGCCGGCAGCUUUCAAAGCCGGGCAGGCGGAGUGCGCCAUCGCCGGGUGGCUUGCCCCUGUCUGCACGGCCAUGGACGGCAGAGGGUGUCAAAGCCAGCGACAUCUCCACACGACCAUCCACGGCCACUGAGGAGUUCUCCAGCAGCCGCCCUGGCAGCCGAUCUGGCAGCCGGCCCGGCUCGCGAGCUGGAAUGCUGGGCCGGCCCUCCACCAGCCAGGCAGACCGUCGCCCUCAAUCGCGUCUAGCACGGUCCUCGAUACCUGAGCUGCCGGAGAAGUCCUCUGGCACCAACGCGGAUGCCGACUCUCCCCUCUCGCAGGACCAGCCGUUUCGUCGCGCGCUCUCUUUUGUUGACCUUUCGCUGCAGGAGAUCGAGAAGGCGAUUCUGACGGAGGACCCUGAGUGGGACUUCCAGGUCGACUUCUGGGAGUCGGUGCUCCAGGGCGCAGCGGCGCCAGAAUUCCGGUGCAUGCAGAAUCGGACUUUGGGCUUCUGGAUUAAGUCCUUCAAAAACUGGAAGGAGUUGCGGAAGACCCAGGACCUGAACGACAUGGCUACGCCGCAGCAGCUGGGUCAGGUCUUCUUCGGUUUCGCAAAGCCCCGGUGCCUAGAGCUCGGGAAGCUUUUCGGGGGCUGCCGCAGCCUGGCGCAGGUCUCCUUCGAGAAGACGCAAGUCAGCCUUCCUGAGAUCUUCACCGCCGGCGUGCUGAUGUCUGAAAUCAUCUCGAGCACGACGAAGCUCAGCUUCGUCUUAGGGUUGGUCGACCUGGAAGACAAGAAAAGCCUCAACCAGAAGCAGUUCGGCACCUUCGUGGGCAACUUCAUCCGCGGGCUUUGUUCUGCUUUUGGCCUAAACAGCUGUGCUUCCCGACCCGGUGGUGGAUUUCGUCAGGACGACGACCGGCCUGAAGCCAGCCGCGCAAGCCGCGGCCAUUGGAGCUCACUGCUCGUGAGUCGACGGCACACGUCCGCCUGGGUGAACUCCGACGACGAGCACCGGCCCAGGUUCGCCAAGGUCCCGACGGAGGAGGCAAUCAAUAUCAUUGCCGGCCGCCUCUACAGCAGGAUCUCGGCCCGGGCUGCUCGGAGGAUCGUGAAACUCCACAGUUCCCUGAAGACGGAAGCAGAGAGGGCCGCUGUGUUGGCAGCCAUCAAAGCUCGACAGUCGUCUGCCACUGCCCAUGCCCAGAGGAACGGCGACGCUGGGGCCAAAAUCCCAGGCAACGUUGAGCAGCGGCUGCCCUUCGCUGUACUCCUCGACUGGUGCUUCCGUGUGGUGCAGGACCCUUUGGCCAUUCCAUAUGCCUUGGCCGUGGAGCGCUUCUGUCCUCGCGAAUCCUCUGCAGAUGACAACCCCGAGAACUUCGAGGUCGACGACGCCAAGACCUUCCGACUUAGCCACACAAUGCCAGCAUCCAUGUCGGUGGAGGAUGACCAUGAGACCGAAGCUGCGCAGCACAUGCCCACAAGGGCAGAUGUGAUCGCAUGCAGGUAUGUCUACACUUUCGCCUCGCAGCGGGGCUUCUUCUUGCUCACGCCCGAGGAGCUGGAUGCAGAAAUGUCCCGCGCUGGACACACUGAUGUCGAGUUUGCCGUGAAGCUGCAAGCUGCAUGUGUCCAAGCUGAAGACAUCCGAAGCAAGACGCGGAAGCCAUCGUUCAUGCGCUUCCUGAAGCUGCUGUAUCCCUGGGCCAUGCCCAAGCAUCUGCGGAUGUUCGACAGGUGGUGUCAACAGUACGACGAUCUGCAGAGCAAGAAAGCGCAGCUGCGCUCGGACAAGAACGCCUUGGCUGACUUCCAGCGAUGCAUGAAGGUCUACAGCAACCAGCCGGUGAUCCCCCAGGCGGAGAUGGAGAACAUCAUCAAGGAUUUCGAGCGGCUGGAUAUGCAGCAUCGUGGGUACAUUGAGGUUGCAGAGCUGGAACGCACGAUUCAGGCUCGGCAAGAUGAGGGUGUGACCCUCUCCAUGGUCCGCUCCUUCGACGUGUCGGGAGAUGGCGUCAUAGAUCAGGCGGAGUUCAUACAGAUGAUGUGCCCGGUGGGUUACCGACUGGACGGUGUGGCCGACGAAGUCAGCCAGACGUUGUCAGACUUUCUCCAGGCGUACGUGGAGGAGGAGCAGAGGCACGUUACCCUCGAAGAGGAUCGCUUUGAGCACGGUGCCCACAGGCUUCGGGCCAACAGCGUGUCUUUGCAUGCGGCGCUGCCCAUCGCCCCGCAGGAUGAGUGGGAGAAGUGGAACUCUUUCUUCGACCGGGUGGACCAGGAUGAAGAUGGUUUCAUCUCGGCAGAGGAACUGCGAGCCUGCAGCAGCUCGAAGCAAUAG